UUCAGUUUGAAUGCAAAGGAAUAAAAUAAAAUACUGGAUCUACGAAGAUAGAUCUGUAAAAUGUGUAUUCUCAACAAAAGAUAUUCGAUGUAAAAGAUCUGUCAUUAAAAAAUUUAUGCCACGAAAUAUAUAUUCAUAUUUAAUUAAUUUUCUUGCUUUCUGUAUCUAAAGGCUUUUUGAUUGUCGGGUUUUGAUUGUACUAAUGCUUUGCAAUAUUCGACUCUUGAAUCUACAUCAUUUCCAGACAUUUAUUAGUAGUCUGUGGUCUCUAGCAUGUGUUUUGUAAACAAAUAGCGAAUGACACCUGUUAAGUGUUUAUUGAAAUAUUACUCCCGAAUAAUAUCUUAAAACGUUCUUUACAUUGAACAUAUUAACAGAUUUUUGGUGGUUUGAAUUGAGAAAACACAAAAAUGCCUUUGCCAGCUGCCUUAGCGGCACGUCUUGCGAAAAGAGGAUUAAUUUCUGGAUCUGAAAAGCAUGAAUCUGCAAAGAAAGAAACGAAGAAAAAGGUACACGAAGAAGUAAUAGCUGAAGAUUAUGAUAAUACAAAAGAAGAAAUUAAUCAGAUUGAUAUAUCACAAAAAUUUAUGGGUUACAGUGGUUGUCCUAAUAAAUACAACAUUUAUCACGAAUGUACAAAGAAAUGUAAAGAAUUAUGGGGAUUAGGACAUGUACAACCUUCGGACAAGUAUUUAAAACGACAAAUGAAAUUAAUUCAGAAAUAUCCUUUGCCAGAUACUUGGAAAGCAGUUUAUGAUCCUGGAUGUGGACAACAUUAUUAUUGGGAUUGGUCAUCUGACUUGGUAUCUUGGUUACCACCAGGUCAUCCCAAAUGUCAGAUAUCACAACCAGCACCCCAGUUACGUGAAGAAUUGCAUUUAAAGGCAGGUGAUCAAGAUGAUAACAUGUCAAGUGAUGACAGUGCUAGUGAUCAAGAACAAAUGGAGGUAGAUGAAAGUGACGUUAGGAAAGAUAGAAAGAUUGAAAAUCGUACAAGAUAUAAAGGACCAGACAAUAAAAGAGUUCAAAGAUCUGAUAGAAGUGAUGCUAAAGACAAAAAAGAUCGUACAUUGGAUCCUAUGGAUCCAGCAUCUUAUAGUGAUAUUCCCAGAGGAAAAUGGUCAGAUGGAUUGGCUAGACAUAAUGAAGCCAAGACUGGUGCUGAUACAACCGCAUCAGGGCCUCUCUAUCAAAUGAGGCCAUAUCCCAGUCCGGGUGCGGUGCUGCGUUCAAAUAGAGUUAACAAAACAGAAUCAGACUCGGCAAAUAAACCGAAGGUUGCGUUUCCCGAAAAACCGGAAUAAAUGUACACUAUUAUUCCAAUGUAUUACGUGUGAAAAGAUUAAUUGAAAAUUUAUUAAUAUAAAUUAGCGAACAAAUAUCUUUUUUAUAUUUCCUUAUUGUGGAAAUUUUCUUAUUAAAAAUUUUAUGAUAGCAUACUUGAAUUGAUGCAUACGGGAUAGAUUUGUUUUAAUAUUUUUGCUUAAAAAUUUUCUUAUUGCAAAUUGAUCUUAUAUUCAUUCAAUGAAUAAGAAAUCUUAAGAUGAAUCUCACACACAAAAUUGUAUUGAGAAAAUACUGCUUGAUAUUAAUGAUUUGCUAAAAAGAGACGAGAAUGAAUUUUUAGCAUAAAAUAUUUUAUUUUUUAUUCAUCGCCUCGGUAUAUUUUAAUAGAAUCAUAGAAAUCAUUUUGAUUCGUUCGUACUGGUUAGAUUGUAAUUGUGAAUAAUUUAAUAA